UUCUUCCAAGCGUUUUCUUGUGAACGCAGUCGCACUGUGAACAUACAACGCUUUUAUCUGCAGACAGCUAUAUUGCUACUGCGCCAAACUCCCCGCAGCACCAAAUUACGAAUUGCGCCUCUCAUACCUACAAACCAACGAGCUCACCGCCUCCUACGAAACCUCACCUACGAACAGCAACACUUAGCUUCUCAUCAUGGCACUCAAGUUCCUCUCUCGUAGAUCGAUGAAGGGCGAAAAGGCUACUCUUGGCACUUCAUUCUGGUCACAUUUCACCCUUCCUGGGGCUAUUCUGAUCUUCCUACGCUUCUUUCAGUUCGUACUGGGUAUCACUGUCAUCGCGCUCUAUGCCGUCGACCUGGAUAAUGCCCGCAAAGCUGGAAAAUACACCGACUCGAAAUGGGUCUGGGCUGUCGUCUGCGGUACCCUGGGCGCCAUUAUGGCACUCGUAUCAUUGGCGCCUGUGAAGGCCUGGAUCUUCUUCUGGGUCGACUUCUUCGUCUUCGUCUGCUACCUUGUCGCAUUUGGCAUCUUCGGCAAGAUGUACAUUCCAGAGAACGCCGAGGGCAACAAAGGCAUAAUCCGCAUGAAGAACGCAGUUUGGUUGUUGUUGACCAACAUGCUUCUAUGGUUUAUUACUGCAGUGUGGAACGGCUUCUUCUUCUGGAGGGAACGCAAUGCACGUACUACACACACUGGACGUGCUCAUACGCACGUCUAAGUGUUCUUCCCUGAGAAUAGGAGAGAGUGCGUAGCAUGCAAGCUGACAGAGAUUGUGCAGAGAAUCAUGUUCGACGUUGAGCUGAACAUAUCUCCUUGGCCUUCUCCCGAGAAAUCACUACCGCCGGUCUUUACACCAGUACGAGAAGCGAAUGCUCCUGCGCGAGCACCACCUGUUUUAAAGCACUAUUGGCCUCCACCAUCUCUGCCGGUAUCCAAGCGUCCAGAUUCGCUGCCAGCUUUCCCUUUACCGCCUCCUUCAGCGACCGAGCCAGCGGCGU